GGAAAGACUACACAUGCUACACAAAGAAUUUUUCGCAGCCGAAUGGGAAGUCACAGUCAAGGCCCAGAAAAACGGAGCUAAAAGGCUAAGUUAGCGGUGUUUUGACCCAAAUGCUGAUAAAAGGGGGGCGCUCCGCUUUGGGUUUCUCAGGACACACCCAGUCCUAGCCUCAACACAGGAGCUGAAUGAUUGGAGAGAGGGGCAGGACAGACUGGAUCCUUUUGGAGAAUAGCUGAGCAUAAUCAUAAAGAGUGUCAGACAACAGAGUUUACAUCUUUGCAACAAUGGGUGACUUCGGCGAUGACUAUGGAAACUACACCUAUGAUUAUUACCUGGAGUAUGGCGACUUGGAAGACCUUAAAGUAGAACACAGGCAAGGGGAAACCAUGCACAUUAUCUCUGUGGUUAUUUACAGUAUUUCCUUUGUGCUUGGUGUGAUUGGAAAUGGAAUUGUUAUCUGGGUGACAGCGUUUAAAAGCAAAAAGACUGUCAACAGUGUGUGGCUGCUGAAUCUAGCCAUGGCAGACUUUGUGUUUGUGCUUUUUCUCCCCUUCUACAUUGAUUACAUACUGCGGGACUUCCACUGGGACUUUGGUGUGGCCCUGUGUAAGCUUAACUCAUUUGUGUCCAUGAUGAACAUGUACGCCAGUGUGCUCUUUCUCACAGUGCUCAGCAUAGACAGGUAUGUUUCUCUGGUCCACCUUAACUGGUCACAGAGGUACCGCACUGUAGAGAGAGCCUGGGUUAUAUCUGGCUGCAUAUGGGCACUAGCUGGAGCCAUGAGCUGUCCUGCGAUGAUUUUUCGUGACACCAUGCACUUACAUGACAAGGUGGUGUGCUUCAACAACUUCCAUGCACAGGACGGACAUACAGCAGCAAUGAGACACAUUAUAAUAGUGGUCAUCCGUACCACUGUGGGCUUCCUUCUGCCAUUUACUGCUAUAUGUGUGACAGGAAUACUUCUGACAAUCAAAGUGAAUCAAUCUGGGGGCUUGGUUCGCCUGUCUAGCUUCUCCAAAACAGUCACUGCAGUAAUUCUGGCUUUCUUUUUCUGCUGGGCACCUUUUCAUAUUUUCAGCUUAAUGGAGUUAUCGAUACAUUCCUCAUUACAGCUACACAACAUACUGAAAACUGGCUUUCCUCUUGCCACUAGCUUAGGCUUUUUUAACAGUUGCAUCAACCCCCUGCUGUAUAUGCUCUUGAGCAAAAAGGUUCGUCGUAUCCUGAAGCACGCAUGCCUGGACAUAACCAAGAGUUCCCUAAGAGAGCUCAGCCAGUCAAUCUCUGCCACUGAGAUUGAGUCUGUGCCGGAACUACGUCAGGACAGUGUCCCAGAGGAACCUGUGGAGUCAUCAGCUCUAUGAUUGUAACCAUCCUCACACUCUAGUUGUCCAUUAAAAACAUGAGGGUGGCUGGCUAUGAUUAUAGCGUAAAUGUAGAGGAUUAUCAUAACCAUUCUUUCCAACUGUAGAUUUUCCUAUUUCCUUUCAUUUGGAUGUAGUUCUGCCUACUUCAACUGACAAAUACUCUCAAUGGAAAAGCUGAGGGAAAUGGUGUAUAAUGUGGACAUGGAGUUCUUUCCAUUUAUUUCUCAUUUGCAUAACCCAAGUGAUGAGAAACAGGCAAGAUACAGUAGAAUGUAUUCUGUGUUAGUAAACUGAAUGUCUCUGGCUUUUGGACAGCUGAUCAGAAAAACUGCAGAUGUGUCCGAGUUGUGGAAAAUGAGAUGGACAUUUUUCACAAUUUUCAUACAUAUUUUUAAUAACAAAAUAUGCAUCUACAUAUUUACUUUUUUAUUGUACUCUUUUGAACCAAGGGCAUCUUCUCAUCAAUGCUCAAUAGAUGAGCAUUGAUUCUUACAGGUGAGAUGAUGCUGAUAUCCGAUUGUAGUCUAAUAUUAUUAUAUUUUAUACAGUUUAAUACUGGCUGCUAGAGUCAUAUAUUAAUGUACUGUAUUGGUUUUCUAACUAGUUCAGAGUUCAAUAAAUGUUUUAUUCUAAUAUAUUCCAUGUAAAAAGCAUAUACCUUAAUAAAAUUGUUCUUCUGAGCACAUUCUGUA